AAUAAAAUCUACAAUGUCUUGGAUAAAACUAGCUGGGAUGUUUGUUGUUAGCAGUGUAAUAUGUCUAGAAACGUUUUGCUUAGCAUUCUCCAGCUCUAGCUAGCUGAAAACAUAGCAGCUAGCUAGCGACUAGCUUGUUAAUGCUAGCAAAGUCGUUACAGCAGUAAUUGUUGACGUUACAGCUCCGUAUGGGGCCAUGGCUAAAAGGGAUCCAUCUUUUGUCAAAUUAACGUCAAAAGUUGGAAGGUUUUGCAUUUGAACUAACCCUAACCCCUUACCUAAUCUUAACCUAAUUAUCACAACAUGCUACAUUAACAGGUUUUGUUUAGCUCGAUAACUGUUGAUAAUUAGUGUACAUUCAAUUCAAAUAGUUCAAUGAUUUAUCUUGCGUUCUUUAAUGACGACCAAUAUUACUGGACGCCACAAGCAGAUGUGAAGUCGUCAUUACUAGUCGGCGACACGUUGUUAUUGUUGGACAGCAAACAUGGCGGAUGAAAGUGUUGCUGUGGAGCCAGCCUUCUUAAUUAAGCUCCCAGUGGCCUCUGAGACGAAGAAACGGCAAGCUCCAAAAGCUCCGGAACUUCCCAUUCUGGAGAGGAGAAACUGGCUCAUCCACCUGCACUACAUCCGCAAAGACUAUGAGAUCUGCAAGGCAAUGAUCAAAGAGCAGCUACAGGAGACCCAGGGAAUGUGUGAAUAUGCCAUAUAUGUACAAGCUCUAAUCUUGCGUCUGGAGGGGCAGAUCCAGCCAUCCCUGGAGCUGUUCCAGAGUUGUGCCAUCCUCAAUCCCACCAGCCCCGACAACCUCAAACAAGUGGCCCGAUCACUUUUUCUGUUGGGGAAACACAAGGCAGCCAUUGAGGUUUAUCAUGAAGCUGGGAAGCUCAAUGAGAAAGACUGGGAGAUCAACCAUAAUCUGGGUGUAUGCUAUUCCUUCAUAAAAGACUUCCAAAAUUCUGAACAGCAGUUGAAUGCAGCCCUGCAGUUGAAAAAACACGACAGGACAUUCAUGACACUGGGAAAGGUCCACUUGUUGGCGGGAGACACGGACAAAGCCAUUGAAGUGUACAAGAGUGCAGUGGAGUUCUCUCCAGAGAAUGCAGAGUUGCUGACCACUCUGGGGCUCCUGUAUCUGCAGUUGGGAAAAUACCAAAAAGCAUUUGAACAUCUCGGGAAUGCACUUACUCAUGACCCUAAUAACUAUAAGGCCAUCCUGGCAGCAGGCAGUAUGAUGCAGACCCAUGGGGACUUUGAUGUGGCCAUGAACAAGUACCGCGUGGCAGCGUGCAUGGUCCCCGAGAGCCCCCCGCUCUGGAACAACAUCGGCAUGUGCUUCUUUGGCAAGAAGAAAUAUGUAGCAGCCAUCAGCUGCCUGAAGCGGGCCCACUACCUGUCUCCGUUUGACUGGAAGGUACUGUACAACCUGGGCCUGGUGCACCUCACCAUGCAGCAGUAUGCCUCUGCCUUCCACUUCCUCAGCGCUGCCACCAACCUGCAGCCCCACCUGGGAGAACUCUACAUGCUACUAGCAGUUGCACUGACCAAUCUGGAGGACGUGGACAAUGCCAGGAGAUCCUAUGAACAAGCUGUGGCUUUAGACCAGUCCAACCCUCUGGUCAACCUGAACUUUGCCAUUCUGCUGUACAACCACGGGAACAAGAAGGGAGCCCUGCAACAGUACCAGGAGAUGGAAAGGAAAGUCAACAUACUGAAGGACAGCAACACAGAGUUUGACCCUGAGCUAAUGGACAUGGCUCAGAAGAUGGCCACUGCCUUGCAGGUGGGAGAGAGCCUGGAGUGGACCAAGCCGGUCAAAGACCCCAAGUCUAAGCAGCGCUCGGCUGGGGCCCCCAGUAAAACCCCUGGCAGCUCCCAGCAGCCGCUAGGCACCAACCAGGCCCUGGAGCAGGCCAUGUCCUCCGCCGCAGGCUACAACAAGAGCAUCACACUCCCCACAGGAGUGUCCCCCCACAGCCAGCCAACGCCCCCCUCCCUGGCCUUGGAGGAGGAGCCUGAUGUGGAGACCACCCCCACCCGAGCCCCUCAGCCAGAAGAGUCAGACCCCUCCACCACCAUGCCCCCUCUGGCAGCCAAACCCAAAGUCAAGAAGAACAAGUAAUAAAGCAAGAGCUGAACUAGACUAGACGUCCUGUAUCUAGUCCACAGGCCGGUAGUGUAUCAUCACUCAGCUUAUCUAGUCCACAGGCCGGUAGUGUAUCAUCACUCAGCUUAUCUAGUCCACAGGCCGGUAGUGUAUCAUCACUCAGCUUAUCUAGUCCACAGGCCGGUAGUGUAUCAUCACUCAGCUUAUCUAGUCCACAGGUCUGUAGUGUAUCAUCACUCAGCUUAUCUAGUCCACAGGCCUGUAGUGUAUCAUCACUCAGCUUCUCUAGUCCACAGGCCGGUAGUGUAUCAUCACUCAGCUUAUCUAGUCCACAGGCCGGUAGUGUAUCAUCACUCAGCUUAUCUAGUCCACAGGUCUGUAGUGUAUCAUCACUCAGUUUAUCUAGUCCA